AUGAACCUAUUGCUGAUUUAUUGCAUAACAUUAUGCUUCUGUGGAAGGAUUUGCUUCGCUAAAAAGCCGUGUUCCGAAGGACCUCCUGUUGAAAAGAACCCUUCGGAAUGUUGCGAUACGCCUUCUGUGAUUGACCCGCCGAUAAUGAUGAAUUGCUUCCAGAAAUGGGGCGAACAAACAAAACGGCAAUCGAAAAUAGACGGAAUUCCACGAGGAUGUUGCGUGGCUGAGUGCGCAAUGAACGCUACUAAACUACUCUCGAAUGGGUUAAUCAACCGCGAGAAGGCUCGGAAACUUUUCUUAACACCGGUAAAGGGCAAACCAGAAUGGCAACCGAUCGUAAGCGCUACGCUGGAGGAAUGCUUCCAACAGGCCGACGACAACAUGGCGGAAAUCGAGGCAGGUGCCAAAUUGAAACCUAGUUACAAAGGGGAAAAGAUUUGUCAUCCCAUUUCCGGGAGCAUCCUUCGUUGCAUGAGCAUGAAACUGUUCACCAAAUGCCCGUCCGAUCUAUUUAAAACUGGAUCGGAUUGUGAUCAGUUGAAAGCGUAUCACGAAAAGUGCCCUUUGAAUUAG